UACCUGGUUAAAUUGAAAUUCAAACGAAUUAUUAUUUUAAAUAUUGUGGUACUGGAUAUCGGGGCCAAUCAACCAUCAGUUCAUCUCUAAUUCGAUUGUUAUCAGCACUUUUCCUCAUCAGCUGUUUGCCUGGCUUCUUUCAAGGAAAAUUCUGCUUUAUUUUUGAUUGUCAAAAAAUGAAUUAUAAUGCCAAGCGGGUUAUGCGACAAAAUUCGGUUUGUAUUCCGUCAACUGAUUUGGCUUCAUCGCCGAUAAUGAUCGGACCCGCCACCCCCUCGACACCCGGGACUCCGCAGCUGCAGACCCCAGAGGACAUAAAGCCCAUUCACGUCCAACGCCAAGUAAUCCUUUUACAAGGAGGAGGCAUAGCGCAGUCGAGUCCUGUUCAACAACAACAGCAGCAGCAGCAACAUCAACAGCAGCAACAGCAACAUCAACAGCAACAACAACAGCAGCAGCAACAUGUAAACAUGAAUGCACCGAAUCCAGGAGGCAGCGCUGCCGGCAGUAUUCCCAUAGCCGAUGACGCUCCAGUUUCUUUGCUAACAGAAAUAGCAGACAUAAUGCGCAGUUUCGGGGACAGUGAUCAGCCGCGAAUGGCGAGCGUCAAGCUAGUGGAACAGAUCCUACAACAGCAGCUCCGAGGAAUCUUUAACGAGGCCUCGCUGGUGGCCAUGCGGCGUAAGCAGAAUCCGUGUCCAUCACAGGCAGAUUUUGAGUUUCUCAUGCGCAACCAUCCGGUGAAGAUUGCCCGUAUGCGAAAGCAUCUGAAGGAUAUGCGUAUACUCAAGCGUUUUCUGAGCAUACGUACUGGGCGGCCGCAGGACUUCAUGGACGACCUGGAGCAGCAGGAUGAGGACGAAGAACUAGCCAUUGAAGUGCAUGAGUUGCAUGAUGAAGAUCGUAUGCGCCGCUUGUUCCGAGCAGACCGUAUCUCACAGAUUCUUACUGGACAGCAGUACCUGGAGUUCAACGAGGCCCGGAAGACCUCUUUCUACUGUCGCCACGGCGAGAAGAUCAAGAACAAGUUCCGACGUUUUCUGGAUCUGCCGGCUGAUCUGCGCAUCCCCACACCCACCAUGAACAUCCUGGCCUAUCUGGCCCACGAGACUAUUGCCGCCAUCGUUGAUUACUCGAUCCUGACCCGUCUCAAUUCGGAUAACCGCGCGACGGAACCGUACAGUCGGGUCACAUCCGCUGGCGGGAGUCCGGCCAUGAUGCACGUGUGCCCCGAGGUUACCCAGGGUCGCGGCAUGGAGGUGGUGAAGCCUAUCAGCGUUCCGGAAAUCCACGAGGCCAUGCGCAGGUUCCGGCAGAUGAGCGGUCGCAAAAUUGGGCGUUAUCGCAACUCCUGCGACAUUGACUUCCGAAGGAGUUUCCUAGCUAUCUAGUUAAGUUUUAUUAUUUAAUAUUGUUCUUAAUUAAUAAGAUAUUAUAAUAUUCAAUCGGUCUUACACGUUAAAAAAAAAAAACAAUUGAUAUUUCUGUAUUUAAGAUUAUAAUAAUUAAGAGCGUUGUUCUCAUAAGUACUAUUUUUUAUUAAGUUUUUGCUAAUGUUUAUGAAUAGUGUUUCUGUAACCUAUUUAGUUAUUAUUUUAUAAUAAAACUGAAAAAAUUGUAUAACUGCUCCUUGUAAUGGAAUUCAAGAUAAAGGCAUUCAAUGAUAAUA